CUCCCUCCUACAAAAUACCCACUAUUAAAGAAGAUUUCCAUUCAAUUAGAAGAACUCAAUCGUUAGUAACGCAGCAGUGAAGAAGAAUUUCCAUUUCCCUUUUGCUGAUUUGUCCACCAUUACCCAGCUAUCAAUGGUGGUGGUACGGGAUCUUUUAACAAACAUUUGGCAAAGAAGCAUGGAAUCACAAAAGAAACUCAUGCAGCAAGCGGGAGCGGGACCACAAGUGGAAGCCGACAGACACAAUGGGACAUUCCCAGCACAGAUUAAAGGAGCCUGAAGAAAAGAUGGAGAAUCUGAAGAACAUAUUUUGUGGUGAAUUUGAAUGUGGACUACGUAGUUCUGACUCCUGUACACCUCAAUUUCAGUCUAUAAUACAACCUUCUUCAUGUGUUAACCAUGCUUUCAUUAUUUCUUUUGAUAUACUGCUACUAGUAGUUCUCUUGUGGAGCUUAAUUUGCAAAAUGUUAUCUAAGAAGCUCAAGCUACGAACUCAAAAUAGAAGCCUUUCAACCUGGAAAAUUCUAUCAGUUGUUUUUAAUGGAUGUUUGGGAGUUGUUUACAUAGUAUUUGGAGUUCGGAUUUUACAGAAAAACUUGAAAUAUGAUGAUUCAAUAACACCAAUUCAUGGGUGGGUUUUAUAUUUCUUACAUGGAGUUACAUGGCUGUUAAUGGGACUAAUAUCAAGUCCGAUUGGAGGCGAGUCGUACCGAAAACCAGAUUUGCAGGUCUUCUCCAUUUUGGUUGUUUUCUCUGCUGGGAUUUUCUGUGUUAUAGCUGUGUUUUCUGUCAUAGUUAACCAUGAAAGAGUAUCAGUUAAGGUCGUUUUCGAUAUUCUAUCCUUUUUAGGAGCUAGUUUGCUGCUUUUCUGUACGUGGAACGGGAUGGUUGAAAAUGGAAUAAGUACACUCUACACUCCUUUGAACCGUGAGGAAAAUGAUGGCAGCAUCUGUGAAACCGAUUCAGUGUCGCAAGUUACCCCAUUUGCCAAAGCCGGGUUGUUGAGCAAAAUAUCAUUUUGUUGGCUGAAUCCAUUGAUGAAAUUGGGCAAAGAGAAGACUCUUGUGGAAGACGACAUACCAAAAUUACGAGACAUAGACAGUGCAGAGUUUUGCUACUCACAGUUUCUUGAUCAAUUGAAUAAGAGUAAACAAGGUGGAUCUCCAUCAGAAAGCUCAGUGUUGUGGCUGAUUGUUGCAUGCCACUGGAGGGAUAUUCUAAUCUCAGGGUUUUUCGCACUUCUGAAGACUCUCGCGCUGUCAGCUGGACCGCUUUUGUUGAACUCCUUCAUUGAGAUUGCUGAGGGUAAAGAAGGUUUCAGAUAUGAAAGUUAUGUUUUGGCAAUUUUACUCUUUCUUGCAAAGAUCUUGGAAUCGUUGUCGCAAAGGCAAUGGUACUUCCGGAGCAAAUUGAUUGGCCUUAAAGUGAAGUCUAUGCUUACUGCCGCAAUUUACAAGAAGCAGCUGCGUGUAUCAAAUGCUGCUAGGAGGACACACUCAGUUGGUGAGAUAGUGAACUAUGUAACUGUCGAUGCUUACAGGAUCGGAGAAUUCCCUUUUUGGUUUCAUCAGAUUUGGACAACCAACCUACAACUUUGCCUUGCAUUAAUAAUUCUGACUCAUGCAAUUGGACUUGCAACUAUUGCAUCGCUAAUAGUGAUUGUUUUAACUGUUCUUUGCAACACGCCCCUUGCCAAAUUACAGCACAAGUUUCAAAGGAAGUUGAUGGCCGCGCAAGAUAGAAGACUAAAGGCGUGUUCAGAGGCUGUUCUUAACAUGAAGGUGCUGAAAUUAUAUGCAUGGGAUACUCACUUCAAGAAUGUAGUAGACGCAUUCCGGAAAGUAGAAUGUAAAUUGUUGUCAGUUGUGCAGUUGCAAAAGGCAUACACCUUUUUCCUGUUGUGGACGUCUCCUGUAUUGAUCUCAGCUGCUACAUUUGGCGCUUGUUAUUAUCUCGGAAUUCCUCUGCAUGCCAGUAAUGUUUUCACGUUUGUUGCAACAUCACGUCUAGUGCAAGAGCCAAUUCGAGCCAUCCCUGAUGUCCUUGGCGUAUUCAUUCAAGCAAGAGUUGCAUUUGCAAGGAUUGCAAAGUUUCUUGUAGCACCAGAGCUGCAAACUGAAAAUGUUAGGAGAAAGAGAGAUAUGAGUUGCAUAAACCAUGUUAUUCUGAUCAAAUCAGACAAUCUUUCAUGGGAAAUGAAUCCAUCAAAGCUGACACUCAGAGACAUAAAUAUAUGCGUUUGUAAAGGUGAAAAGAUCGCUAUAUGUGGAAAAGUUGGCUCGGGUAAAUCAACAUUACUGGCAACUAUUCUUGGAGAAGUGCCACAUAUAACUGGAACUGUGGAAGUUUAUGGGAGAAUAGCUUAUGUUUCCCAGAAACCCUGGAUUCAAACAGGAACAAUACAAGAAAAUAUUCUUUUUGGGUCUGCCAUGGAUGAACAGAGGUACCAAGCAACUUUUAAUAGAUGUUCAUUGGUAAAGGACCUCGAACUCCUUCCUUAUGGGGAUAUGACUGAAAUAGGGGAAAGAGGAGUUAAUCUAAGUGGUGGACAGAAGCAACGAAUUCAACUUGCACGUGCAUUAUACCAAGAUGCUGAUAUUUAUCUUCUGGAUGAUCCAUUCAGUGCUGUUGAUGCACACACAGCAACUAGCCUUUUCAAUGAAUAUGUUAUGGAAGCUCUUGUUGAGAAGACGGUCUUGCUUGUGACACAUCAAAUUGAUUUUCUUCCUGCAUUUCAAUAUUGCUUACUAAUGUCAGAUGGAAAAGUCCUUUCUGGUCCAUAUGAGGCAUUAUUAGCGUCAAGUAAGGAGUUUUUAGACCUUAUAAAUGCACAUAAAGAGACGGCUGGUAGUGAAGCAAUGGCUGUAGUCAGUACAUCUAAAAGACAUACAUAUGCUACAAAUGAGAUUAAGAAAGUACAUGUGGAGGAAAAGCAUCAAUCAUGGAAAGGGAAUCAGUUGAUAAAACAAGAAGAAAGAGAAGUUGGAGAUAUUGGGUUUAAGCCAUACUUAAUAUACCUGAAUCAGAACAAAGGAUGUAUCUAUUUCUCUAUUCUUGCUCUUUCUCAUCUUUCCUUUGUUGUAGGCCUGAUAUUACAGAAUACUUGGAUGGCCUCCGGUGUUGAUAAUCCUCGUGUUAGUGAAUCAGAACUAAUUGUCGUAUACCUCAUAAUUGGACUUUGUGCAACAAUUUGUUUACUCAUAAGAUCUGUUGCAGUGGUUAGAUUAGGAAUGGAAUCAUCGAAAUCUUUGUUUGGUCAACUACUAAACUCCUUAUUUCGAGCUCCAAUGUCGUUUUAUGACUCUACUCCUAUCGGAAGGAUACUCAGUCGGAUGUCUUCUGAUUUAAGCAUUGUUGACCUUGAUAUCCCCUUCAGCAUUCAAACAGCCUUUGGUGCUACUACCAUAACAUGCGCUAAUUUUGGAGUGUUGACUGUAAUUAUCUGGCAGGUCUUGUUCGUCACAAUACCAGUGAUUUACAUGGCAAUACGACUGCAAAGAUACUAUUUUGUUACUGCCAAAGAGCUGAUGAGAAUUAAUGGAACAACCAAGUCUAAGGUAGCAAACCAUUUUGCUGAAUCUUCAGCUGGAGCCAUGACAAUUCGAGCUUUUCAAGAGGAAGAUCGCUUUUUUGCUGAGAAUAUAAAAUUAAUUGAUUCAAAUGCAGGCCCAUUCUUUCAUAACUUUGCAGCCAAUGAAUGGCUCAUUCAGAGGAUUGAGACCCUCAGUGCGACUGUUCUAGCAGCAGCUGCACUGUGCAUGGUUUUCCUUCCUCCUGGUACAUUUAGCUCAGGCUUCAUUGGUAUGGCACUAUCAUACGGUCUUGGGUUAAAUUUGGGUAUGGUUUUUACAAUUCAGAAUCAGUGCACAUUGGCCAAUCAUAUAAUAUCUGUAGAGAGGCUUGAUCAAUACAUGGAUAUACCUAGUGAAGCUCCAGAAGUCAUCGAAAAUAGUCGCCCUCCUCAAUAUUGGCCCGCCGUAGGUAAAGUGGAGAUCCUCAAUUUGCAGAUAAGAUAUAGACCAGAGACACCACUAGUUCUUCAAGGAAUCAGCUGCACGUUUGAAGGAGGAGAUAAAAUAGGUAUAGUUGGUAGAACAGGUAGUGGGAAGAGUACCCUAAUAGGGGCAUUGUUUCGCUUAGUGGAGCCAGUAGAAGGGAUGAUUAUAGUUGAUGGAAUUGAUAUAUCUUCAAUAGGACUUCACGAUCUAAGGUCACGUCUUGGGAUUAUCCCUCAAGAUCCUACACUCUUCAAUGGAACAAUACGAUUCAACUUGGACCCUUUACAUCAGCAUAAUGAUGAAGAAAUUUGGAAGGUACUCAUCAAAUGUCAACUUAAAGAAACUAUUGAGGAGAAAAACAAUGGGCUAGAUUCCCUAGUUGAGGAAGAUGGAUCAAAUUGGAGCAUGGGGCAACGACAAUUGUUCUGUCUUGGGCGCGCUUUACUGAGGAGAAGCAGGGUGCUAGUGCUUGAUGAAGCUACCACAUCCAUUGAUAAUGCAACUGACAUGAUCCUUCAGAAAACAAUAAGAACCGAAUUUAUCGAAUCCACUGUGAUCACUGUAGCCCACAGGAUCCCAACUGUGAUGGAAUGCACAAAAGUUCUUGUAAUUAGUGACGGAAAACUAAUGGAGUAUGAUGAACCCAUGAAGCUAAUGAAGAACGAAGUUUCACUAUAUGGCCAACUUGUAAAGGAAUAUUGGUCUCACUUCCAUUCUGCUCAUCAAUCACAUUGAACAAAACACGCAAAGAAGCUACAAAGUUACAAUGGAUAAACAUCCCUCAUCUACUCUUCUAGCCGGAAUUGAAAAUCAACGCUUAUCCUUGUUCUACUUCCUUUUAACACACAACUCACUUGCCUAUUUACUUAUGUGUGUCCUUUGUACAUCUAUGCUUUUUAUUAGGAAGAAAAUAUCUCUUCGCAUCAACUAUUAAUGACAAUGUAUUAUUCUUCAAUAGUGUCCAACUUCUUAUAGCUGUAUUAGUACAUUAAAUUUCUCCUAGACUUCAAA